AGAUCUGCCAUCCAAGCUCUGGGUGGAUUUCGCACUCCCUGGGAUCUGAGUCCAGCCACAGGUCAGAGGCACCCUGGGAUUUGUAAACUUCUGACUGAGAUUAACCUGAAGCCUUCAUCUCCAACUGGUAUUACUAGACCUCUCUGAACAGAAGGAUUAAAACAACUGGUCUGCAGUCAUGCCUCAUGGAACACCUGCCCCGCCUAACAAGCGGAAAAAGCCCUCUAAGAUCAUCACUGACCUGUCACAUGUCACUCAAGAUGAGUAUGAGUCAGAGCCUGAGGCGUCAGAGUUUGACCUGGGGACGAAGAUCAAGAUUCCCAAGGACACCAUGCUGGAGGAGCUCAACCUCUUCACCAACAAGGGCUCCAAGAUGUUCCAGAGGAGGCAGAAGCGUGUGGAGAAGUUCAUAUACGAGAAUAACCCUGACCUCUUCGGCAGUGAGUCUAUGGAGAACUUCCAGAAGUUGGUCCCCAGCCUGGGUGGCACAAUGAUGUUGGAUGCUAGUGGCCACAUGGUGGAGAAGAAGGCAGGCCCUCCUGUGCCCCCUCCCAAACCAGGCAAAGAUGGGCAUGGUCAUGGUCAUGGGCAUGGGCAUGGUCAUGAUCAUGAACAUGGACAUGAGCAUGGACACCAUGGACAUGUACAUCAUGAUGAUGUUGCUCCAGGAGAACAUGGUCAUGGUAGUCAUGGAGUAGAGGUUGCCUUAGACAAGGCCAAGAAGAGGCAUGAUUAUGUUCCCUCAUACAUAUCACCAUGGGAAAAGGCCAUGAAAGGCAACCAGGAGCUGACAUCCAGCAUGAGAUAUCAUAUGCCAGGCCCCCAUGCCCACCAUGAUCUGCCCAAGUUCAAGUCCUUCAACAGGAGUGCUACACCCUUUGGGGGCUUUGAUAAGGCCUCUCAGCUCAUGACCUUCCAGCUGCCAGACACCCAUGAGGUGGCCAAUGAGGAGCCUGAACUGGCUGUGGUAUACCAGCAUGAGAUUGGUGCUCGACCCUCCUUCAACCGCACUCCUAUAGGCUGGGUGGGGAGCGGUGAGCCCAGCAGCAUCCACAUCGAGUUGGACGCCAUGCCCUUCGAUGGGGAGACUGACGACCUGUGAACAGCAUGCCCCACAGACCCAGAUGUGCAGAUAAAGACCACACACAAAUAUAUACAAUUACAUAAACAAAAGCCAUAACUUUUUUUGAAAUGUUUGUGAUCGAGUCAGCUUUUCCUUGGGUUGAAUUCAUUAAUAGAAAAGUGUCUAUGAAACGAACUACGUAGCUCAAUAUUGGGUUCUUUAAUUUGGAAAGACAGACAGA